GUCCGUACUUUAUACUCUUCACAUUUUCAACGUUUGUUUCCCUUGCGAAAGUCUCGUUCUUUCUGGUUCUUCCCCUUCAUUCCCAGAAUCCCAUUAAGCUUUGUUUCAGGUGCGUAAACUUUUGAUCCACUCGGGUUUUCAGAGUUAUUUGAAAGUUGUUAACUCUUUUUUGUCUCAGCAAAAUCUAAGAGAGGAGCUGAAAAACCCCAAUUUAAGAUAUGUCAGGAAGCAGGAAAGAAACAGUCUUGGACCUGGCAAAGUUUGUGGACAAAGGUGUCCAAGUCAAGCUCACUGGUGGCAGACAAGUGACAGGAACUCUAAAAGGAUAUGAUCAGUUACUAAACCUUGUUUUGGAUGAAGCCACAGAGUUUUUGAGAGAUGCUGACGAUCCACUGAAGACUACUGAUCAGACCAGGCGCUUAGGCCUUAUAGUUUGUAGGGGAACUGCCGUAAUGCUUGUGUCCCCAACAGAUGGCACAGAUGAGAUUGCCAACCCUUUCCUCCAGCCAGAUGGGGCCUAGACAUAUCUUUUUGUAACUUAAUUAGUUAUCUUAAUCUGUAUGCUCAUAACACCAUUUCACCAUUUAUUCUAAGAAACCUUGGGGGGAGGGGUUGGGGGAGCACUUUGAAUAUUGUCAUUUCUGAACUAAAGUAGUACUAUUGUUAUCUUACUCAUUUCUUUUAAGUACUUUAGUACCAUGUUAGCUUACUUGCUUAUA